UCGCAGGCCACCCUGGCCAGCGUGUCGCCGGUGUUCGCCGUGAUGAAGUUCGACAAAGAAGGAAAUACUAGCUACUUUGAAAAAAAGAAAACAGAAUUGUACCAGGAAUUGGAUCUUCAAGCUCGAGAUCUGCGGUUUCAACACCUGAUGAGCAUUACAAGUAGGAACAACAGGAUCAUCAUGAGGAUGGAGUUCUUGAAGGCUGUCAUAACACCAGAGUUUCUUCUGAUACUAGAUUAUCGUAACUUAAAUCUGGAACACUGGCUCUGCAAUGAACUAGCAGCUCAACUAUCUGGGGAAGGCCAACUAGUUACGUAUUCCCUGCCCUUCGAAUUCCGAGCCAUAGAAGCAAUCCUGCAGUACUGGAUCAGCAAACUGCAGGGGAGACUUAACACUUUGCAGCCUCAGAUCCUUGAGACUCUGGAAGCUCUAGUGGACCCCAAGCUUUUGUCUGUGGAUAGGAGUAAGCUACACGUUCUCCUGCAAAAUGGCAAGAGCUUAUCAGAACUGGAAACAGAUCUUAAAGUUUUCAAAGAAACAAUUCUGGAGAUCUUAGAUGAAGAAGAAUUAAUAGAAGAGCUCUGUUUAACUAAAUGGACUGAUCCACGAGUAUUUGAGGAGAGCUCAUCCGGGAUUGACCAUGCGGAGGAAAUGGAACUGCUGCUGGAGAACUAUUACAGACAAGCAGAAGAUCUUGCAAACGAAGCUCGUGAGCUCAGGGUGUUGAUAGACGACUCGGAAAGCAUCAUAUUCAUCAACCUGGACAGCCACCGAAAUGUGAUGAUGAGGCUGAACUUGCAGCUGACAAUGGGAACUUUUUCUCUUUCCCUCUUUGGACUAAUAGGAGUUGCAUUUGGCAUGAACUUGGAGUCCUCCCUUGAAGAAGACCCCCGGAUCUUCUGGCUGGUGACGGGCAUUAUGUUCCUGGGGAGCGGUCUGAUAUGGCGGCGCUUGCUCUCCUUCCUGGGGCGGCACCUGGAGCCGCCGCUGCCUCCUCACGUCUUGCCACUGAGAGGCAGACAGAAGUAGUUUGCUGUCCACUACCUGUGGCUGCAGUUUACUAGAUUAUACCACUGUAUCACUCAAGAACAACUCUAGUACAUACUGACUUGCUUGGAAAAAGCUAUUGAAAGGGAUAGGAAGA